CAAGUAUUAAAUGCUGCACUUCUCAAUAUGCUGUUUAUUCCAAACCAAACCCAGCUGAGGUUAAGUUUUCUAUUUUGAGUGGGGUUGCAAGCGAAUAAACUUUGUGUGUUGUUCAUGUUAAUGUGUUGUUCGAAUUAUUUUCUUUAAAUUGAGACAAACAUCCGAAACAAAAUGAAGAUCCUAAUUGUGCUGGUUGCCUUUGUGGCCGUUGCCAACGCCGUGUCCAUCUUUGAAUUAGUGAAGGAAGAGUGGAACGCAUUCAAGCUCCAGCACCGUAAGAAGUACGAUAGCGAAACCGAGGAACGCCUACGGCUGAAGAUCUACGUCCAGAACAAACACAAGAUCGCCAAACAUAAUCAGCGAUACGACAUGGGCCAGGAAAAAUUCCGCUUGAGGGUGAACAAGUACGCCGAUUUACUGCACGAGGAGUUUGUCCAUACGCUGAACGGUUUCAACGGAACAGCUGCGAACAAAGGGCUGAAAGGCAUACGCAUAGACGAACCUGUGACUUUUAUCGAACCCGCCAAUGUUCAACUACCAAAAACUGUUGAUUGGCGGAAGCAGGGUGCUGUUACCCCCAUCAAGGAUCAAGGACACUGCGGAUCGUGCUGGUCGUUCUCGGCUUCCGGAGCGCUCGAAGGUCAGCAUUUCCGCAAGACUGGCAAGCUGGUUUCGCUCUCGGAACAGAACCUAGUCGAUUGCUCGACCAAGUACGGUAACAAUGGCUGCAACGGUGGUAUGAUGGAUUUCGCCUUCCAGUACAUCAAGGAUAACCACGGAAUCGAUACGGAGAAGGCUUACCCGUACGAGGGCAUCGAUGAUACCUGCCACUUCAACCCGAAAGCCAUUGGAGCCACCGACAAGGGAUUCGUAGAUAUUCCCCAAGGCGACGAGGAAGCUCUGAUGAAGGCAAUUGCCACGGUAGGCCCAGUUUCGAUCGCCAUCGAUGCUUCACAUCAGUCGUUCCAGUUCUACUCGGAGGGUGUGUACUAUGAGCCAGAUUGUAGCCCGGAGAAUCUCGACCAUGGUGUUCUUGCUAUUGGCUAUGGAACUAGCGAGGAGGGAGAGGAUUACUGGCUAGUGAAGAACUCGUGGGGAACCACAUGGGGAGACCAAGGAUACGUCAAGAUGGCUCGUAAUCGCGACAAUCAUUGUGGAGUUGCUAGCUGUGCCAGCUAUCCUUUGGUUUAGACACCCACCGAAGAACAGUCUUCCGAGCAUUGUGUGAUACACUAGUGAGAAUGAGAUAAGUCUUAGUUGAAGUUUCUUACAUUCAAUACUUUUGUUUCAAGUCUGUUCACUCAUAGAGAGCAAAAGUGAACGAUUGUUUUUUCAAACUAGGUAAUGUCAUUUAGAUAACAUUUGAUUUAGAUAUUGCCGCAUAACAGAUCGCUAUCGAGAGAAUACUCUACGUGGCUCUGUAGAUUUUACGAAUUUUUAUUUGUAGUAUCUACAUGUUUUUGUGUGUUUUGUUCUGCGACAUUGUUUUGCGAUAUAAUUUUAAAUACGAUACAGUAAUUUAAAUAAU